UGAUGUAGUUGCGGGUACAUAUACGUUUUUCUUGGAUUUUCUUCUCCGUCGAAAGGAAAAAAGAGACGAUCGGAAGUGAUGAAGCAAUCGAAAUUAAUUUCCUUCUACUAUUUCUGUUCCUGCUUUGGUUUGCUGGCGCUGGCCUUCCCAGAGCAGGGCAAAUGGGACUUCAUGCUGUCGCAGGAUGGUCGAUAUAUGCCGAUACCGAAGUCGGUCUUCGAAGGAUUCAAAAUCUAUACGCAGAUUAACUGCGAACCGGAAGAUUCUCAACAGGACUCUAUUUCUGUGACAAUAUCUUGGGAUUUGCUUGAGCUGAAAUGCUGGGAGGAAUAUGUUCAAAAUUCAUAUAAUCCGCAGUACGAGGCAUUUUUCGCUUCGCCGAACCAGUCGAAGAUCAGUGCCGGGCCGUACGAGGAACGUUGCGUUCGGGGAGGUCACAUCAGUUUGCCGGAACUGAAACUGAAGGAACCCAGCGUGAAAUCGAAGGAAGCCGCUGUGAAGUCGAAGGAACCAACCGAACAAGAAAGCAAGAGCGGUAAAUCUCGACGGGAAACGGGAAUAAUUCAACCGAAACCGAUAUUCACGAUUACGAAGGAUGGAUUAUACAUUUUUAUAUUGAAGAUUGAUUCCUUUGAAAAGUUUGUCGCUAAUGUUCACGUGGAAAUGAAAAGCGAUCGAGGCUACUUGUCCGCAGUGGAUUGGCCUCUACUACCGUUUUACGGUACCAUGUGUCUGGUGUAUGUGGUUCUCGGCAUAAUCUGGCUGACGGUGUCGUUCCUGCAGUGGCGCGAUCUGCUACGGAUUCAGUUCUGGAUCGGUGGCGUCAUUCUGUUGGGUAUGCUGGAGAAGGCCAUGUUUUACGAGGAAUAUCAGAACAUCAACUCCACCGGAGUGUCGGUCAAAGGUAUGGUUCUGUUUGCCGAGUGGGUUUCCUGCGGUAAGCGCACGCUGGCCCGGAUGUUGGUUAUAAUCGUUUCGCUUGGGUUCGGAAUUGUGAAACCCCGUUUGGGACCGAUGUUGCACCGUGUGGUCGGAACUGGAGCACUGUAUCUAGUGCUGGCCUGCGUUGAAAGCUUCCUACGAAUAAUGCACACCAAAAACGACCAGCUGCUAGUGGCUAGCAUUCCGUUAGCCGUGCUAGACUCAGCCAUUUGUUGGUGGAUUUUUACUUCCCUUGUUCAGACUACCAGAACGCUGCGGUUGCGAAGAAACAUGGUCAAACUAUCGCUUUACCGACACUUCACCAACACACUGAUCUUUGCCGUGUUGGCGUCGGUUCUGUUUAUGCUGUACUCCAUCAAAUCGCACCGACUUACGGACUGUCUUUCGGAAUGGAAGACACUGUGGGUGGAUGAUGCUUUCUGGCAUGUUCUGUUCUCGACACUUUUGCUUGUUAUCAUGAUUUUGUGGCGUCCAACCAACAACAACCAACGCUAUGCUUUUACGCCUUUGCUGGACAACCCGGAGGAUGAAGAUGACGACGAGGAAGACCAGUUCGUUUCGGAUGCGUACGGCGUUAAGAUGCGGGGAACGCGCAGUGCGUCGCCGAAACCGAACGCCAAGAGUCCAACCACCGAGGAGGAUGACCUCAAGUGGGUGGAGGAGAAUAUUCCGGCGGCGAUUGCCGAGGCUGCCCUGCCGGUGCUCGAUUCGGACGAGGAGAUCGUCAACACCAAAUUCGAGGUGUCGAAAAUGCAAUAAGCUGACGGGACUAUAGUGGAGCGUAUAGGGUGUAGCGUAGCGUGGAUUGUUUAGAGCAAAUGUGAACUUUCUUCCGCAGAGACUGCUAGACUGUUGGAGCGAAACUUCUCUUUUUAUCCGUAGGUUUAGUGAAUGGCUUUUAAACGAUAGCAGACAAGAUAGAACUCGCGCUAGUCACAGUAUGGGAAGGCAAGUCUUUAAGUUUAAAGUUUUUUGUUUGUUUUGGUAUUCCAUUCCGUGCAUCUCAUUUCGUCAGAUUAGCAUUUUUCCUACCAUUUUCCCUUUUUAAAUAUGUUAUAGAAAGAACACUUCUUGCCGAAGCUGAGUGGAACCUAAGAGACGGUAUUAUUUUCCGGAUGUUCCGAAUGACAGAACUAGCUUUUCUGUACGAUUCUGAUUCACGGAAUUAUUCCUAUCCAUCUCAAUUAGGAUACUUGUAACUUAACGACAGUACGACUGGUUGGUAUUAGCCUAUAUAGUGAAAAUAGGAUAAUAAUAACGAUAGUAGAAAUAAAAGUGCAAACCACUUUCUUUAUGUACAAGAAAUUGGUCUUGUACCGAUGAAUUUAAAUUGGCGUACGCAGAACUAUUGUAUGCCGAAGAACCGGUUAACUUUAUGACAUACCUUACUGUUUAAACUUUUGAAGCAAUUUAUUUGAAAUAUAUAUGAAUAGAUCAUAAUUUCCUCUGUACAUAGCAAAUUGGAUAAAUUUAUUUUUUUGUAAACUUGUAGCGAUCAGUAUAAUUAAAGUAAAUAAAUGAACAAAC